AUGAUGCGCCAGGUGACGAGUGGUGACUUCUGCAUGAACGCCCGGCCAUCGUGCCUGGCCGAAGACGCCCACCACGCCGCAGCGCACUUCGACCUAUGCCCCGCGCCGGCCAACAAGUUCUACCCUACGCCGCCUCCGUCUGUUCAGAUGACACUAGGCCCCGUGGUGCUGUCCAACCCUGGGCUGAAACCAAUGCUGUGCCCCCGACAAGACGUCCUUGGCUCCUCCAAGCUCCCCACCUCCAAAAACGGUGAUCCAGCGAAUGACGGUAAGAAGAAGAACAAAGGUGCCGGGAAAACGGGGCGGCGCGGUCGCCCACUGGGCACUACCAAGCUGGCCGGCUACCGGACCAGCACGGGGCGCCCGCUAGGCACCACCCGCGCCGCCGGAUUCAAAACCAGCCCUGGGCGGCCGCUGGGCACCACCAGGGCGGCGGGCUACAAGGUGAGUCCCGGGCGGCCCCCAGGUAGUAUCAAGGGCCUCUCCCGCCUCAACAAACUGCCGUACGGAGGGUCGUGCAGCGGGGCUGCUUUCCCGUACCCAUUACCGCACAAGGAGAUCCUCUGUGAACCCUCCUGCGAGGACAAGCCCCCUACUGAGUGA